AUGUCCAUCAACCAUUGUAGGUUUUACGAAAACAAGUAUCCAGAAGUUGACGAUGUCGUCAUGGUCAAUGUUCAACAAAUCGCCGAAAUGGGUGCUUACGUCAAAUUAUUAGAAUAUGACAAUAUUGAAGGUAUGAUUCUACUGAGUGAAUUAUCUCGUAGACGUAUAAGAUCUAUCCAAAAAUUGAUCCGUGUUGGUAAGAAUGAUGUCGUUGUCGUCUUACGUGUUGAUAAAGAAAAAGGUUACAUUGAUUUAUCAAAACGUCGUGUAUCUUCAGAAGAUAUAAUUAAAUGUGAAGAAAAAUAUCAAAAAUCUAAAACUGUUCAUUCCAUCUUGAGAUACUGUGCUGAGAAAUUCCAAAUUCCAUUAGAAGAUUUAUAUAAAUCAAUUGCAUGGCCAUUAAGUCGAAAAUUCGGACAUGCUUAUGAAGCUUUCAAAUUAUCUAUUAUUGACGAAACCGUUUGGGAAGGUAUCGAACCACCAUCUCAGGAAAUAUUGUCAGAAUUGAAAACUUACAUUUCAAAGAGAUUAACUCCACAAGCUGUCAAAAUUAGAGCCGAUGUUGAGGUUUCUUGUUUCAGUUACGAAGGUAUCGAUGCCAUUAAAGAGGCUUUGAAGUCAGCUGAAGCCAUCUCUACCGAACAAAUGCAAAUUAAAGUUAAAUUAGUCGCUGCUCCUUUAUAUGUCAUUACCACCCAAGCUUUAGACAAAGCUCAAGGUAUUGAACUAUUAGAAACUGCAAUUACAAAAAUUAAUGAAGUCAUUACUAAAUAUGGUGGUGUUUGUAACAUUACUAUGCCACCAAAGGCUGUCACCGCCACUGAAGAUGCUGAAUUACAAGCUCUAUUGGAAUCUAAGGAAUUAGACAACAGAUCCGAUUCUGAAGAUGAAGAUGACUCUGAUUAUGAAUAA